GCAGCCGCAUUGGAUCCCACAGCCUAUUGUGAGACUCCGGUGUACAAUCCGGAUCUCUGCCCCAACAUGAUCGCGGCCCAGGCCAAGCUGGUUUAUCAUCUGAAUAAAUACUACAAUGAAAAAUGCCAAGCCAGGAAAGCCGCCAUCGCCAAAACUAUCCGAGAAGUCUGCAAAGUAGUUUCGGAUGUGUUGAAGGAAGUGGAAGUGCAGGAACCCCGUUUCAUCAGUUCUCUCAAUGAAAUGGACAAUCGUUAUGAGGGUCUGGAGGUCAUUUCACCCACAGAAUUUGAAGUGGUGCUUUAUCUUAAUCAAAUGGGGGUCUUCAACUUUGUGGAUGAUGGUUCCCUGCCGGGAUGUGCCGUGCUAAAGUUAAGCGAUGGGCGUAAAAGGAGCAUGUCUCUUUGGGUGGAGUUCAUAACAGCCUCCGGUUACCUCUCUGCUCGGAAAAUCAGGUCCAGAUUCCAGACCUUGGUGGCUCAAGCAGUGGAUAAAUGUAGUUACAGGGAUGUGGUAAAGAUGGUGGCAGAUACCAGCGAAGUGAAACUGAGAAUAAGAGAUAGAUAUGUGGUGCAGAUUACCCCAGCUUUUAAGUGCACGGGGAUCUGGCCAAGAAGUGCUGCCCACUGGCCACUUCCCCACAUCCCCUGGCCGGGACCCAACAGGGUAGCAGAGGUCAAAGCUGAAGGGUUCAACCUCUUAUCCAAGGAGUGCCACUCUCUAGCAGGCAAACAGAGUUCAGCGGAGAGUGAUGCCUGGGUCCUGCAGUUCGCAGAAGCAGAGAACAGACUACAGAUGGGAGGUUGCAGAAAGAAAUGCCUCUCGAUUCUCAAAACCUUACGGGAUCGACACCUGGAACUGCCAGGCCAGCCCCUGAACAAUUACCAUAUGAAGACUCUGGUUUCUUACGAGUGUGAAAAGCACCCCCGGGAAUCGGAUUGGGACGAAUCUUGCCUGGGCGAUCGCCUUAACGGAAUUUUACUGCAACUUAUAUCCUGCCUACAGUGCAGGCGGUGUCCUCACUACUUCUUACCAAACUUAGACCUCUUUCAGGGCAAACCUCAUUCAGCUCUGGAAAAUGCUGCCAAACAAACGUGGCGACUGGCUAGAGAGAUACUUACUAAUCCUAAAAGUUUGGAAAAACUUUAGAGGACAAUUUUAAUAAGGGCCGAAAUGAUUCCCAAGUCCUGAUGAAAAUUAAACUUCCUGUUUGAAUCACAGUCAAAUAUUCCACUUGACAAUGCAAACAAUAGCUUAUUUAAAAAGGAA